AUGGCACACAUCAACAUCACCAGCCAUGUGCAUCUUGGUGGGGAUGAGGUUCUUCAUCAGCUAGGACAGCAGCACAAGCUAAUGACCAAAAGGGUCUUCUACCAAAGAGGAGUUGUCCUAAGGGUACUGGCCUUACCAGUGCUGUGCUGGGUGAGGCAAAGAAGGGAAGGAAAGGGCUUAGAAAGCAACGGUCGUGCCAGGUAGCCCAGGAAAGAGCCACAGCCUGAAGACGUAGCAUCACUUGUUUUUCCCUGGCAUUCAUGUCCCUCUCAGGUGGAGGGAGGACCCACGAUGGCUGCUGCUCAUGAUUUGGAGAUGGAGAAUGUGAAUCUGAAUAUGGAGAGAGAAAUGAAAGAAGAGCUGGAGGAAGAGCAGAAAAUGAGAGAGGAUGGGGAAGGUAAAGAUCUCCCCAAGAGUAGAAAGGUCCACAGGGUUGUCUCCAAAUGGAUGCUUCCUGAAAAGGUCCGAAGAACAUACUUGGAGAGAGCUAACUGCCUCCCGCCCCCCGUGUUCAUCAUUUCCAUCAGCCUGGCAGAGCUGGCAGUGUUUAUUUACUAUGCUGUAUGGAAGCCUCAGAAACAGUGGAUCACCUUGGACACUGGCAUCUUGGAGAGUCCCUUUAUCUACAGUCCAGAGAAGAGGGAGGAAGCCUGGAGGUUUAUCUCAUACAUGCUGGUACAUGCUGGAGUUCAGCACAUCGUGGGGAAUCUUUUUAUGCAGCUCGUUUUGGGUAUUCCUUUGGAAAUGGUCCACAAAGGCCUCCGAGUGGGGCUGGUAUACCUGGCAGGAGUGAUUGCAGGAUCCCUUGCCAGCUCUGUCUUUGACCCACUCAAAUCUCUUGUGGGUGCUUCAGGAGGAGUCUAUGCUCUGAUGGGAGGCUAUUUUAUGAAUGUUCUAGUGAACUUUCGAGAAAUGAUUCCUGCAUUUGGAAUUGUGAGACUACUGAUCAUCAUCCUUAUAAUUGCGUCGGACAUGGGAUUUGCUCUCUACAGAAGGUUCUUUGUCCCUGCAAAUGGGUCUCCGGUGUCUUUUGCAGCUCACAUUGCAGGUGGAUUUGCUGGAAUGUCCAUAGGUUACACUGUGUUUAGCUGCUUUGACAAGGCUCUGCUGAGAGAUCCAAGGUUUUGGAUAGCAAUUGCUGCUUAUUUAGCAUGUGUCGUAUUUGCUGUGUUUUUCAACAUUUUCCUAUCCCCAGCAAACUGACCUGCCCCCCAAAUAAGCUGAUUAAUAAAAAGAGCCAUCUGGGGAAAAACAAAGGAAAACUCUAUGAAGAAACAGAAGUUCCAGCAGAUGCUAACAAUUUUAUAAAGAGGACAAAACAACGCUCAACUCAUCAGUUGCAAGGACUGCUUACAAAAGGAUCUUAGGAUUUAAGGAAGGGGCAUCUGAAUGCAAAGGAAGGGAAGAGGAAGAGAGAAAAGACAAGGGGUAGUGAAAACCAGAGGUUGGGUUUUCCCAGGCAUAUGUUACACAUCUUUGUAAUGUAUAAAAGAGACUUGCUCCCCUUGGAGGAUGUAUUUUGGAGACUGCUUGAUAGAAUUCAUGAAUAUUGUACUAUGCUGAUAAUAAAAACUUU